AUGGCCGGGGGUCUUCGGAAGCCAGUCAUCUUUACAGCAGUUCGAAAGCGUCCAUAUGGGCUAUCACCGAGGCAGACGGCACCGUUGCAAAAAUAUCAGAUUGUCGAAAAGAUGCUGGAGCCGUGGACUUCGAAACUCAUAGAUCUUUACUUCCAAAAGGUCAACAUAUGUUUUCCGCUUCUGGACGAGGUUUCAUUCAAGCACCAGUUCAACACAGCAAGAGAUAGGAUAUCGCCCGCGCUCUUGCUGAGUCUAGCCUAUGGUACGCCACCUCAAAUCAAGCGCUAUCAAUACGACGUGCCGGAUCCCUCAUUGGAAUAUCUCACCGGGAAAGACGCAAGCGAAGAUCAAAUUGCGGCCGCUUCGGUUUUCAUCGGCCUGGUCACUUUAACUGGGGUUCUCGAUAAGUAUCUAGAGCAUGUCUACGACCUCAACCAGGGCCGAGACCAAGAUAGCAGCCAGACAUCCCUUGACUUGGAGCUGAGCCUCGGCCAGUGGGAAGAUUCCCUUAGCGACGAUGUCAGGCGAAUCAUUACCCGCGGAAACAAUCUACACAUCCCCGGCGCGGCGAACCUGAGACUAGCUUAUCUCUCAACCGUGCUACUCCGCCGGAGAAUCGAGCUCGAUAUCGAGAAGCAGGAAGACGCAGUCCCUGGUGACGCACUAACCAACCGAUACAUUCAAGUUCGCCGCGCCGCGGAGGAGAUUGUUCUCCUCGUGCAGGAACUGGAAGAGAUUCAUCUGAGCGACUUCUGGCUGCCAGUCAGUGCCUUCGCAUUCACGUCAGCGAUGACAUUUCUCUUGCGAUGCGCUCUGGAAACCGAGAACACUGCCGGGGGCUUGGCCCAGAGUGCAUCCUUAAAGCUGGCGAAGAACUUGAUCGACUCUUUGCAAUCUCAUCAACAGAACUCGGGAUGGGAUCUAGGUGAUCUCUGCUUAGCUCAGUACGGCGAGAUUGUUGAGCGUUUGCAGACUGCCGAUAGCCCUUCGGCGACGGUUCCAGAGUUUCAGCAGCUGAUGAUGUCUUCGGAUGUUCCCAUGAUUGACGAGCUAUUUCCUAAUCUGUGGGAUAUGUUUUAA